AUGUUUACUAAAAUACCACAAGAAAAUGAAGCUGCAGUAAAGGUUAGUUACGUGUUGUCAGAGUUAAUUGCCAAAUAUUCAAAACCAUUUACUGAAGGUGAUUUUAUAAAAACGUGUUUGAUUAAAAGUGCUGAAAUUAUUUAUCCCGGAAAUCUAAAAGCUUUUAAAAACAUUUCAUUAACACGAAAUACGGUUGCUUACAGAAUAACUGAUCUAACAUGCAAUUUGAGUGAUCAGAUUAAAAUUAAAAUACCUAGUUUCGAGUAUUUUUCAAUCGCUUGUGGUGAAAGUAUCGAUAUUGGUGGCACAGCUCUUAGCUGUGUAUUUUCGUUGUUGCGUUAUGGAAUUUAAUAUUUAUGAAGAGUUAUUGGAAAUUAUACCUAUGUAUAAUACUACUACAGGAAAGGAUGUAUUUGUUUCUGUUUUUAAACUCUUGAAAAAAUAUGAUUUACCUUUGGCAAAGUUAUCGUCUGUGGCUACAGAUGGAGCUCACUAUAUGACGGGGGAAAAUAAAGGUUUCGUUGAAAGUUUGCAAAAAAUGCGAAUGAAAAUAUUGAUCAUACAUUUCAUAAACACAUUGUAUUAUACAUCAAGAGGUGUUGUUUAAAAGUUAUUAAUAUAGCACAUGUAAUAAGACCUGUAAAACAAAUGGUUAAUUUUAUAAGAUCCCGUGGUUUGAACCAAAGACAGUUUCGAUUUUUUAAACGAUUUAGAAAGCGGGUAUUCAGGUUUGAUAUAGUUUAUAGAAAUACGAUGAUUAUCAUGCUCAACUGUAUUGGAAAAAUUCUGGAGGUUAAAAGAUGCAAUACAAAUAUUUUUAGAGUCUAAAGAACAAGACGUCAGCACUUUGUCGGAUCCAAUGUGAUUACAAGACCUAUCCUUCAUGGUCGAUAUUACGAAGCACUUGUCAAAUUUAAAUUUAAAAUUACAAGGGAAAGAUCAAAUUAUAACAGCUAUUUUCAUUAAUGAACAGCAAUAAAUCACCCGUAAGAUCCUGAUUAACCGACACACAUCUAAAUUCAAUGUUAAAAGUGGCUUCGGCUAAUAAAAUUUCUUCCGAAAUUGAAAAGUCGGUUAGAGGAAAGAGAUGCUAAAUAUCGUCUAAAAAAAAAUUAUUAAUAUGAUUUUGUUUUGUAAUUUAAAUAUCUAUAAUAAUCAAUAUGAUUUUUUAAAUGAAAAUGUUAAUUUUUUUGUUAACUUUUUGAAUUUAUACUGUACUUUUUGUGUUCGUAAAUAUCCAGCUCGCUGUGUCCGCUGCGGUGCUCUCCACUCUUCUUCGGCCUGUACAAGCCCACGGGAUGCUACUCCUAAAUGCGCCCUCUGCUCCGGUGAUCAUCCUUCAAACUAUAAAGGUUGCUCAGUUUACAAGGAGCUACAGCUUCGCAACAAACCAAAAAUGAGCAGUCCUUUGCUGGGGAAUCUUAGUCAUAAAAAAAAUGUACAGGUUAGUCAACCUAUGGUAACACCCUUAGCACAUUCAUCUGACUCGUCUCAAACCUACGCGCAAGCUACCUCCGGUACCCACCCAAACAACAUAAUCCCUCCUCCUGUAUCAGAUAUAAAUAAGUUCCUUGACGAGUUCAAAUUACUAAUAAACCCGCUAAUCGCUCUUCUCACCCAAGUUAUCUCAAAGCUUCUAGAAAAAAAUUAA